CUCUGCACGCGAUUGCUAAAAGGAUGGAGCGAUCUGCAAGCACAAGAUAUGCAGGUAUCCCGCAUCAGUGGUGGGAUCUCCAAUCUUUUGGUGAAGGUGGAGCCACCGCCGCCGUUGCAGCCCGUGGCCGUCAAGGUGCGUGUCUUUGGCGACAAGACGGAGCUCCUGAUCGACCGGGAGGCUGAGAAACACCUGCUGCUGAGGCUCAACCAAGCGGGCUUCGGCGCACUGGUGGUUGGGCUAUUCGGCAACGGCCGCAUCGAGCAGUUCCUCACCGCCAAGACCCUCACCCCGGAGGAAAUGUCCGACCCACGGUUCAUCCCACACAUCGCACGUCGCCUCCGCGCAUUCCACGACCUAAAAAUGGACGCCGAGGCCGCCGCCACUGCCGCCGCUGCGGCGGCCUCGGCGCCCAACCCUACCGGGUGGGACUCCAUGUUUUGCUGGUUGGCGAUGGCAGAAGGGUUGUCGUUUGCACACGAUCCCGCCAAGCAGGCGGUGUAUGACAAAGUGGAUUUCAGGGCCAUGCGCACGGAGCUGACCGCGCUGCGGGAGAUGUGCGAGCGGGUGGGGUCCACCCGGGUUUUGUGUCACAACGACCUUCUAGCCGGAAACAUCCUUCUACAGUUUAUCGACUUCGAGUACAGUUGUCGCGGCCCACGGGGCUUUGACUGGGGCAACCACUUUAACGAAUAUGCAGGCUUCGACUGCGUGUACGACAGAUUUCCCUCCCCGGAGCAGCAAAAGGUGUUUUUCCGCCACUACCUCUCUCCACGGGACGGCAACAGCAACCAAGGUCAGGGCGAGGCGGUCUUGGACUGCCUGGUGGCGGAGGCGUGCGUGUUUGCGCUGGCUUCGCACGCGUACUGGGGCGUAUGGUCCUUCAUCCAGGCGCGCUACUCCCCCAUCGACUUUGACUACCUGGACUAUUCUCGCAUGCGGUGGGCGGAGUAU